AUGUUCCCUCGUAGAUCAAUCCACUACACAACAAUUAAUCUACCAUCCCCUAUAAUUUUGCAACAUCUAAAAAAGCACAUAAAGAUAGACAUUAACGUUACCUCUAUAUUGAUAAGCAAUCCUGAUACCACCAAAAAACUCUACAUUUCUACAAUUCUCAACAAGGAUAAACCCUCCAAACUAGGACCCAAAGACCCCGAUUACAUCCCAUACAUCUAG